GAGAGGAUUAGAGAAGAGAGUAAAAACAUCGAUGAGCGCUAUAGAGAAAGCGGUGGCGGUAGAGGAUGGAGAGUGGCGGCCGCAGCAGAGGUGGUUGGGGUCGAAACAAGGGAGUGUGUUCCCAAAAGAGAGGAAGCUGGUGAAGACAAUGAUUCUGAAGACUCUCUUUUCAUCUCGUUCCCCUUUGAAGUCCAAGCAGACACCUGAGCUAAUUCCGAGGAACAAGCGCGUGCAGUCCACGCUCCGGUAGCCUUCAGAUGAUGAUACAUAUCAUAUUUUGUGGGGGUAAUAAUUAAAAGUACUCCUAUAAUUAUGGGUCUUAUUAGACAAAUCAGUUUCCCCUAGUAAAGAGUGGAUCAUGUUAAAUAAGUCCUAUGUCUCCCGAAUUAAGGAUUUGUAUGUGUGUGUGUGUUUGUUCAGGAUAAGUUAAUAAGUUCACUAGUUUCUUUGUAUA